AUGAACCAACCUGGUCAACCCUAUAGACAAUUCUCUGAUUCGAAUAUGAGGUUAGGCAAUGGCCAUGCACAUGAUCAUGAUGCACCCCAGAUUUACUCGGCUGUUUAUUCUGGUACUGACGUAUACGAGAUGGAGGUCAACGGAGUCGCUGUCAUGCGCCGACGUGAAGAUAGCUGGUUGAACGCAACCCAGAUCCUCAAGGUAGCCAACAUCGAUAAAGGCAAGAGAACAAAGAUUCUGGAAAAGGAGAUACAGACAGGUGAACAUGAGAAGGUACAAGGCGGAUAUGGCAAAUAUCAGGGCACAUGGAUUAAGUUCGACCGAGGUGUUGAGGUGUGUCGUCAAUAUGGGGUUGAACAACUACUUCAUCCUCUCCUAACAUACGAUAUGGGCCAGGAUGGAGGCAUUGCUGGUAGAGGUGACUUUAACACACCCACUAAAGAGCAAGCUAUGGCUGCCCAAAGAAAGAGGAUGUACAGUGCAAGCCAGGAAGGGCGUGUCAAUGGACUGUCUGGGACUUUCUUCAAGAAUAUCUCAAGUACGGCAUCUAACGCUGUCGCUGCUAUUAGCAAGGCCCGUUUUGAUUCCCCCGGUCCGAGAGGUCGUAACGGUCCAACGAGACCCCCUAGUUUCAGUCGCCAGUCCUCGAUGCAAAACGUCGACGAAUAUCCUGGAAAUUCACAACAAAGCUUCACCUCGGAACAUGGCCAAAAUGUUGAUUCGGCAUAUUCUACACAGAACACCCAUAUCUUUAAUGGCGAUGAGCCGCCACGGAAACGACAAAGAGUUGUUACACCGGCGGAUAGUUUUGGGUACAACUCGCAGUCUAUGGAUAUGUAUGCCAAUGCCUUUCCUGGGUCGCCGACGGAACUCAAUGAUUCCUUUGCCUACCCCCAGGCUGGCGUCGACAUCCACGAGCACGACGUUGCCCCACUACCUCCUCUACCUUUUGAGAUGUCUCCCGAGGCAGAACAAAAACGUAAUUUAUUAAUGGGACUCUUUUUAGAUCCUAACGCCAACGUGUCAGAUUAUUCUCAGAAUGAAGCUCUGCAAACAUUAUCACCUGUGGACCUGGAUUCUCCAAUAGAUGCAUCGAGUCAUACUGCCCUCCACUGGGCUGCUACGUUAGCCAGGAUGCCCCUAUUACGAGCGCUCAUAACAGCUGGAGCUACUCCCUAUCGCGUCAACGCAUCCGGCGAAACCGCGUUAAUGAGAGCUUCGGCGGUGACGAACAAUUCCGACCAGGUUUCGUUUCCCGAACUACUCGAUAUUUUAGGCAAUACUAUCGAUGUUAGAGACAACAAGGGCCGAACAGUUUUACAUCACAUUGCCCUUACGAGUGCUGUAAAGGGUAGGAGCCAUUCCAGCAGGUACUAUCUCGAGAGUCUUCUUGAGUGGGUCGUAAGACAGGGGAGCGCGCCGAGUAGCCAAAACACGGCAGCCAACGGUAUCUCAAGUCAGCCGAAAAUGGGUAUCGGACGAUUCAUGAGCGAGAUUGUCAAUGCGCAAGACAAAUCAGGAGACACCGCCCUGAAUAUUGCGGCCAGAAUUGGCAACCGGAGCAUUAUCUCGCAGCUACUUGAGGUGGGCGCGGACCCUGGAAUCGCCAACAAGGCAGGUCUGAGACCCGUCGAUUUCGGCGUGGGCGGUGACGUUGAUGAGGAUGGAACUAACGGCGAUCUGAUGGCGAUUGACAAAUCCAACAUUAUCAGCAACUCCCAAAAGACCCGGGAGAGCGGUGCUGAUAUUAUCACAUCCAUCACCCAUCUCUUAAACGAGACCUCAAGUAGUUUCCAGUCCGAGUUAAAGAAGAAGCAACAAGAUAUCGAUUCUCUUCAUAUCUCUUUGCGAACGACAUCUACCCAGCUAGGUGAUGCACGACGCCAGCUAGAGACAUUAACAACAUCUUUCAAGUCACAAUCUCUUACACGCCAGAAGAUUAACAAUCUCAACCGAGGCCGCGACGAGGAACAGAAGCGAAUGCAACGUCUCGAGCAAGGCUACGGGCGAUUGGACACGAGUAGAGCGUGGGAGUCGGAACUCAGCGCAGCAUUAAGUCCUGCGGAAGGGGACGGACCCAACGCCGCCUUGUUACCCAGUUCUACAGUUCUCCGCGCACGCAUUCAAGCACUUCGCAGUAGGACCGAUGCUAUGAAGAAGAGCGUAGGCGCUCUCAAGGGCCGUAGCAAGGAUGUCGAGGUCAAAUAUCGACGCGUAGUUGCGUUAUGUACCAACGUACCAGAAAGUGAAGUUGACGCCGUCGUAGACGGCCUAUUACGCGCCGUUGAGAGCGAGAAGGGCGAACUGGACUCUGGUCGUAUACGAAGAUUCCUAGGGGGCGUUGACGGUGUGCAGUAA